AUGAACCGUUCCCUCAGCAUGAUUGCGCCAAAACCGCUAUCUUCAUCUUCACCUUCAGCAGCCUCAACGCCUCCUGAUUAUGCCAUCUUGAAGCCAAAAUCUUGCCUUGCAUGCCGCAAAAGAAAGGUUCGAUGUGACAGGCAGCUUCCAUGCACAAACUGCUCCCGAUGGUCCAUCGAAUGUAUUUUCCCGUCUCCGAUUCGCAGAUGCCCGCGAGCCCGGACCAAACCUGAUGCAAGCUCGUCUAGCGAUCAAGCACUGCGUGAUAAAAUUCGCGCGCUCGAAGCGCAGGUUUCGGACUUGACAGAAACCAUCAACACUCAGGCUAGCAGGAUACUGUCCCCGGACGCGCUGAAUGGCUCGCUUUUCCCAUUAAGCCACACUUGGGCGCAUGCUAUCGCACCAUUACAUCCAUCAUCGGACCAGGGGCGGAAAUACUGGCAGACCUUUUUGGAGAGGAUCGAUCCACUAAUCAAGGUGGUACAUCAGCCUAGUGCAUUUCGGAUCCUCCGAAGUGGCUUGAGUGAUCCAACGUUAUUAGAUGAGGGUGAAGGCGCUCUGCUGCAGGUAUUCUAUCUUGCUUGCGUCUCGGCAAUGGAUGCAACAGACGUACAAUCUAUCUUACAAAUGUCCAAGAGCACAGCACUCUCCACCUACCGCCUGGCCGCUGAACAGGCUCUAGCUCGGUCCGGGUUCAUCACCACCAGUAACUGGACAACAUUGCAGGCUCUUGUUCUCUUUAUCGCGCUAAGUCGUCUUCAGAAUGACCAAAAGUCUGCUUGGAACUUAGCCGGACUAGCAGAGCGGCUAGAGGUAUCAAUGGAAGAGGAUAGCUCUUUUUUUGGAGCCGAGAUGCGACGGCGCGUCCGGUGGCACCUAUGGUAUCUGAAUCGUCGCAUACGAGAUGACCGAGGCCAAAGCUCAACCCUACCCAACCACUCCAACAUAUCUCCCUUUAGCGUUGAACUACCUUUUAACUGCCACGAUUCGGAGCUCAGUGUAGACAUGACGACUCCUCCCAUCACUCAGACUGGCUGGACAACGAUGAGCUUCUGUCUCCUCCGGUAUGACCUUGCGACCACCGAACGGAUAGUUGAGAGUGACGCACCCUGGGUUCUCAAGGCAAAUGCCGUCAAAGAAUGUCAACACAGAAUUCAAUCCAAUUACCUAAACCACUGUGACGGUACUGAGUCGAUUCAUUGGCUAGCUUCUCACAUUUCCUACGUGAUGAUAACGGAGAUGUGGAUGAAACUUUACAGUCCGCAAUUCACCACUAUAGUCUUAACCGAUCCUCUUGAUGACACUGUCAGGAAUCAGCUGUUUGAUGCCGCUAUUGACAUUUUGGAUACACGCAAACGCUUAGAGGAUGAGACUGCCUCACGCAAGUGGGAGUGGACGCUUGGUGGAUACUUCCAAUAUGUGCCAUUGACAUUCCUGUUGAAUGAACUCCAUUGGCGCCAGACUGACCCUCGUGUGGGUGCAGCCUGGGAUGUAGCUGAGAGAUCAUUCCGACGUUUGUCUGACGACGCGAAGAAAUCUGCCCAUGGGGUCAUCCUGACCGAGCUCAUGUCCAGCGCCUUGUUCGCGAGGCAGGAAGCGGCCAGUUCUCAGGUGUUGUCAGACUCUUACUUUGUUUCUGAACAAGCUAUCUUUGAUGACUUUCCUGUCGACUCGGCCUACGCCGAUGCCGUUGAUACCGUGCCUUCCGACAUGUUCCAGUUAGGGUUACCAGCUGAAUGGGCUGUUCAUACUUCUUGA